GGGAGUUAUAUGACUUUGAAGAUACAAUUAAGUAUUGCGCGUCAAUGCAUGGAACAAGUGGAAAUUCUUUUUAUGUGACGAUAUCCAUCUUUUCGUAAAAGUGAAUAGAACUUGAGUUAACGAUCUGAAUGUUAUUUGUAUUACCUAAUAUUUCAAGAUAUUUAACAAAUUGUUAAUUCAACUUGAAUAUGUAUAUUUAAAAGUUAGCGCUAAACAAAAUACUAGAUAUAUAAAUUAUAUGAACAGAUAAGCAAUAAGUACCAUUCCAGUUAUUAAUAACAUUUCCUCUCUCUCUCCCUCUGGAAUGAUAGACAUAUAUCGAUAUGAAAAUAUAAUUCCAGUAAAAACUUUAUACCCGUAAUCCCUCUUCAAAAUAAACAAACUGUAUGCAAGACACAAAACAUCCAAUAUAAUGUCGUUGUUUCCAGCCUAUGCAGACCCUGAUGCGAACAGUGAAGGCAAGUCAAUUGAAAAACAGCCUCUACCAUGGCAGACCAAUGAAAGCUGCCCUCCAGAGGUUGGACAGCCAGUUCCUAUCCCCCCAGAACAGAGAGAGACAUCAGAGAAUACAGAAACUGUACCCUGUGAGGAGAUAGCAAAAUCCCCAAAAACAGUAAAGAAGAAGAAGAAAAAGAAGAUAAAGAAAAAAAAAGCCAGGUCAACAUCUUCAUCCUCAUGUGAGUCCAAAUCAAGUCACAGGAUAAGGAAAAAGAAAGAGAAAGCCAGAAGUGAGUCCAGCUCCGAGUCAAAGUCAAGAUCGGUAACACCAAGACGUAGAAAUUACAGGUCUGCUUCUCAUGGGAAAGAAAGUAGAUAUAGAUCACAGUCAAGAUACAGUUCUGAAUCAAGAUCAAGUUCUCAAUCUAGAUCAAGAAGUAGCAGGUCUAAAUCAAAACCUCGAGAAAGAAGGAAAAGGAGAUCUAAAUCAGGGUCAAGGGAUCAGUCAUCAAGAAGGAGAAAAGUCAGAUCAAGAUCAAGAUCAGGAAGCUGGGAGGCUAGUUCAAGAUCAAAGGACAGAAGGAGUUACAGAUCUAGAUCCAGAAAGAACAAAAGAUCAAGGUCAAGAUCAAGAUCAAGAAAUAGAAAGUCAAGUACAAGAAAACGGUCUCAGUCUAGGGAUAGGAGGAGGUCAAGAGGUAAACGAAGCAAACAAGAAUCAGUUCUGAGAGAGGAUAAACAAUUAAAAAUCUCAUCAAGUUAUCAAUUAGGAAAAUUAAACAUCCAUUUUGAUAUUUUGCUUAAUGAUUAUUCUAAAAAUUCUAGUAUAUAUUUUAUGUCAUACAGACAUGAGAAAUUGUUAUCUGGGAACAAGAGUGUAUUCCUAGAAGACCUGAAAGGCUUAGUCCGACCUGAAGAGGCGUUCUACAUCAACGUACGAGGAGAAACUGACAAUAAGACCUUUACCUCAACGCAUUUUUCACAACUAGCCAGUUACAAGAUGAAAAUGAGAGGCAUACUUGGAGAUUUAAAGCAAAAUAUUGGGAAACCAAAAAAGAGAGCUCUCAGAUACUUCAGGAAAAGUGCACAACCAUCAUUAUAUGCAGAUAGCACAUUUAUCAAAAGGUUACCAACAUGCAACAGAGAUGAUGAAGACAAGGAUGCUGGUUAUAUACCAGUUCAACUUACCUUUGAAGAAGCAAAGCUCAUAAAGAAAGAAACCCAGCCAUCACAUGCAGAUCCUCUAGGGAUAUAUGACAGCAAAACACAGGAGUACUUGCAUGGAAUAGGUGGUCCAGAUCAAGAAGAAAAUACAAUCCAAGAUGCAGAAUAUGAGUACUGGCAAAAUCAGGCUAAAGCUUUUAAUGAAAGAUUGGGCAAAGAACCUACCAAUGUGUCUCUGUGGCUGGAAUUUGUACAUUUCCAGGACAAAGCUCAUGUUCAUCUGUUUUGCAAUGAAGAAACAAGUGAAAAGAAUGAGAAGAAGAAGAAGAUGAAUCAGAGAGCAUUAGCUGAGAGGAAGAUUUCUAUUUUGGACACUGCCAUAAAAAAGAAUAUUAAAUCCACUGAAUUGCAGUUCGAACGCCUUGACAUUGGACAGCAUAUCUGGGAUGAUAAAAAAUUGAAGCAUGAAUGGGGUACUUUCUUAUUUAAUUUUCCAAACAAGAUAAAAGUUUGGCAUCAGUACUUAUCAUUCUCACAGACCCAUUUUACAUCAUUUAAUUUAUCAUCAGUUGUCAAAACAUUUGCAAAGUGUACAGAAAGAUUACAGCAAAUACAAAGUGGAACAUUUUUAACACAUGCAGCACCACCUAAUAUAGGAAAGUGCAUGAUAGAUGUGGCUGUCCAAUUGGCACAUGUGUGGCGGCAAGCUGGGUUUAUGGAAAGAUCAAUUGCUCUGUUUCAGGCACUUAUAUUUUAUUUUUCCCCUGCUCAUGCAAGAGAUAAGAACAUGACAUUAGAGGCAAGACUGGCCUUUUUUGAGCCAUUUUGGGAUUCAAGAGCACCAAGAUUUGGGGAAGAUGGAUCUUGUGGGUGGGCACAAGUUGUGGAAAAAAAGCAGCAAGUAGAAUUUCCAGAAGUUAUUCUAGGAGGAACACAAGACGAAGAGGAUGAAUUAUUAGCAGGUGGCGGCAGUACCUCUAGACUGUGGUUAAUGCUAGAAACCUCGAGGGAGAGACGACAUUGGUUGCCAUGGGAAGGUGACCCAGAAGAGUGUGAGGACCCAGAGAGGAUGGUUUCAUUUGAAGAUUUGGAACCUCAUAUUUUUGGCCUAGAAGAUCCAAAAGAUCACUUUUACAUGAUACUGCAGUUUUUCAAAUUUAUUGGAGUACCAAAUAUAAACCAGUUUGUGCCAUCAGCUCAGGAGAGAGACUUGGCAAAAAGCAAAAUUCAAAAUAGUGAGGUCAAUGAUAUAUUUCAGCCACUCACUCUCGAAAGUCUUCUUGAUAUCCAUUUAUUUGGUACUUGUUUACAAUUUGAAAAGAAUGUCAAGGCUGGUGAAUUUUUUAAAUUUUCUGCCAUUGGACCAUCAUUAGGAACAAUGCUAUGCCAAGAUUACUAUAGAUUUGUGUGUCAAGCUGUAUUACAAGUAUCUAAUAUGUUUCCACAACCACAGAGAACCAGUUUGAUACUUUUAUAUAUAAGAAUCCUCGGGUUGCGCUAUUCAGCUUUGAAGAGGAAUAUCAAAGAGAAGGAAAAGCUCAGGCAGUUUGGAAAAGAUAUAAAGAAGCAAGUAAAAAAGCUUGUGAAAUCAGAAGAGUUUAGAUCUUCUCUUGUGAUUUAUGAGGAAUAUGCUAAACUAGAAGAAGUUAUGGAGCACUUUGAUGAUGCAGAAAAUGUAUAUGUUAUUGCACUUACAGCUGGAACAGCCACAGGUAGUGCACUAGACAUUUCAAAUCCAAAUUUUAGUACUAUUGUAAGUCUGUUUACUGCUUACAUGAAACUUCAGAUGGAUAGAGAAAUCAAAACAAGUAGUAACAGAUUUAUUAACAAUAUAAUCUAUUCUCUUUGCUCAUUGGUCAAUGAUGGGAAAUUCAUAGCUGGAAAUGGUGUCUCAGCUCCAGGUGGAAGCAUCUUAAAAGCAAAAAGAAAGCUCUUUGAGAUACAAGAAUCAUAUACUAAUACUUCAUUUGAGGCAUGCAAAAUAGGUGAGAAAAGUGACAUGGAAAGGCUACUUGCAAGUAAAGUUAUUUUCUUUCUUAGUGUGAUCCAGUUGCUUACUGUUGGAUUCAAACCUGCAUGCUUAAUAUUUGAAACAGUUAUUGAUAAAAUUAAUGGCAUCUUUAAGGAACCAGUGGAAGUGAAACUAGAAGAAAUUACUUUACCAGAUGAACAAAAAUCUAUAAAAAUGGCCAGCUGUAAUCAGAAUUCAAAUAAAGAAAAGAAUAGAAAAAAAAUGCUUGAAACUCUCUAUGAAGAUUAUCUCUGGUUAAUUAAUGUUUCUUCCAAGCUGGAUAGCAUCAUCAGAGAUGGAAAAAUGGCACCUGCCAUUCUAAGACCACUUCUUGCCGAUGCUGUUAAAAGUGCCCCAGAGAACCCAAACUUCCUGGUACUACUCGCCCAGAAUCAGAACUGGCGAGACCUGCUGGGUGGAAUAAACAGUCAUCCAAAGAAAAUCCCUUCCAUUUUGACUCUGGUCUCCAGGCUUCUCCCUCACCUUCAUAAAACACUUGCAGAUAUUGCCAAUACGGAGGAAG